GAUUCUCGUCUAUUUCCUUAUUCUCUCGAUUUGGGUUUUCUUUUUUGUCCACCGUCAAGUGAAUUUCUCAACGAAAUUUUCAAUCUUUCGGUUAAUUUCUCCAGAAACCCUUUGGAUCUGUUUUUUUCCUCCCCAAUUACUAAAUUUCUAGGUUGGGAUAGUUUUUGGUUUUAGAAGAUACUAAUGGCUGGAGUACUAGCUGGGGAAUGUUCUUACAGUGAGAGUGGAGUUUCAUCACACUCGAGGAAUUCUCAUGAGAAGCAAGAAGAGGUUUCCCGCUGGUAUUUUGGAAGAAAAGAAAUAGAAGAGAAUUCACCGUCAAGGUUGGAUGGUAUUGACUUAAAGAAAGAAACUUACCUCCGCAAAUCCUACUGUACGUUUUUGCAGGACUUGGGCAUGAGAUUGAAAGUAGCGGAGAAAAUACUUAGAUCUUUACUGAGCCCUCUCUUCAUGGUGUUUCCACAGACUAUUGCAACUGUAUGCAUGUUCCUUGCUGGAAAGGUAGAGGAAACUCCACGGCCCUUGAAAGACGUUAUUUUUGUCUCCUAUGAGAUAAUAAACAAGAAGGAUCCUGGUGCUUCACAGAAAAUCAAGCAAAAGGAAGUAUAUGAGCAACAAAAAGAGCUUAUAUUAAAUGGAGAAAAAAUUGUUCUUUCUACUUUGGGCUUUGACCUCAAUGUUCAUCAUCCUUAUAAACCCCUUGUAGAAGCUAUAAAGAAAUUUAAGGUUGCACAGAAUGCUCUCGCCCAAGUUGCAUGGAAUUUUGUUAAUGAUGGUCUUCGGACAUCACUCUGCCUGCAAUUUAAGCCUCAUCAUAUUGCGGCUGGUGCAAUAUUUCUUGCGGCCAAGUUCCUUAAAGUGAAGUUACCUUCAGAUGGGGAGAAGGUUUGGUGGCAAGAAUUUGACGUCACACCCCGACAAUUGGAGGAUGUUAGCAACCAAAUGCUUGAGCUUUAUGAGCAAAACCGUGUCCCUGCAUCUCAAGGAAGCGAAGUCGAAAGUAGUGUAGGUGGAGGGUCAGCUCAGCGGCCAGGCUCCAGAAAUGCAGUUUCAACCGAUGAGCAUGUUGGUUCUAGGCAAACAUCAGUACGUUCAACCCAUGAAAAUUCAAAUUCUGAUAAUCAUUCAUCGAAAGGAGUAUUGAAUCAGAACAAUGAAAAUGGGGCUGGUGAGGCAGCUAAUGUCAGUGUCGAUCACAAAGAGGAGAUAGAGAGAGAAACAAAAGAAAGCAGCCUACAUCCUGAAAGUCAUCCACCCCAUAAGGACAAUGUAAGAGAAGCCCCCCAUAACUCUAGACCUUUAGUUGAGGGACCUGCGAAAGACAACUCAGAAAGAGAGGGUGGAGAGAUUCAAGAUGAUGGUGCUGUUCAUAAAUCUAGAAAUGUUGAUGUGGGUGAUGCCCCAAUCAGCCAAUCGCCAAAAGACUUAAAAUUGCUUCGAGAUAAGGUGAAGGCUAAACGAGAGAAAGCUAAGAAGUUACUAGGUGAAAGGACAAGGAAAAAGGAUUUGAUGGAUGAGGAUGAUUUGAUUGAAAGAGAAUUGGAAGAUGUGGAACUAGCUGUUGAGGAUGAAAAGACGAAGGAAAGGAAAGUAGAGAGCAGGCCAAAAGCCGAGAACUCUGAUCUCAUGGGUACAGAACAUGGUGAGAUUCUAGAUGUUAAAGGAGAAGUCAAAAAUACAGAGGAAGGCGAAAUGGUAAACGAUGUGUCCCCAAUGAUGCAUAGCAGAAAGAGAAAAAUGGGAAGCCCUCCUGAAAAGCAGUCAGAAGGAAAGAGACGCCACAAUAGUGAGAAUGGUGAAGAAGGCCACCACAACAAGACGAGCAGAGGUAGUAGCCAUCAUGGUGAUAGAGAGCACAGAAGACACUCACAAGAGAAUAACCAUUCAUAAGAAGAGGUAAUGAUUAUUAAAACUGCUACUCUUUAUAUUCCAUCUUAUGGUCUUUUUAAUAAAGACCUUUGGCACUU